UUAAAAUUGAUUGGUGAUAAACUUGAAUUAAUCAAUAUGGCAAUGCUGCCGGCGCAUCGCAAUCGCUGUCUUCGUUUUAUACCCUUUGUAAAUUUUUGUCUUCCGUUUCACUUUGCUUCUUGUAUUUGUUGGCGAAAGUGAUUUUCGGUUUGGUUAAUUUUCACAGCUCUGCGAAUCUUUUGUGCUUUAAUAGAAACUUUAAUCGCGUGUGUGAUAAUUAACAACGAAUAACAUUUUGUAAAAAAAUAUACCAAACUGCAAUAGAACUUUGAAGAAACUAGACAAUUUCAUAAGUGCAAAGGAAGAAAAAUUGCAAUUUUACAUUUUGUGAACAAUGGAAAUAGGAUCCCGAACGGUGUGUGAGGGAUAGUGUUGGUAGUCUGGAUGAAAAGGCAAAGGCAGCGGAAUUGAAGUGAAAAGGGACUUGUAGACCUCUGUGGCCAAUUCCAAGUUUGUGCUCAGUAAAUUUCUUCGAUUCGGUUCGAUUUCUUCACCGCAGCUUAUUUUUUCCUCUUGUCGCAGUAUGCACUUCAUGUCGUCUUUUGUCGUAUCUCAUUGUACUUUCGUACGUUUUGGUCGAUUUUGAGUUUUUGAUUUGAUUUUUUACUCAUCUAAUUUAAUUUAAUAACUACGAACGCGUACAUAUUUUUUGAUAACAUUAUCAAAAUUGCCAUUUAUUAUAAGAAGGCAUAAAAACUGUAAAUUUCUAGUGAAAAAAAAACGAAAAAAUUUAUACAUAAUUUCAUGAUACGUAAUUUGCCAAACGUAAAAAAGUGUGAAAUAAUAACUUUGUAGUGUUUUCUAUGUAUUAAAACAUCGAAGUUCUAAAAGUUUGAGAAAGAAAAAAUUCGAUUUCUAAAUAGAAAUCCGCCCUAAAUCGACCUGGAACAGCGAUUUCUGGCGACUGUUACUGCGCAGUCGACAGAGAUAUCAGCGUUAAGGUUGACGUUGGCGUUGCUAGUAUUGACGGUUACGGUGGAUAAAACGGCCGUGUACCUGGGCGCCUUUACACACCCGCACAUUCAGCCGGUCCAACCCUACGUUCUUUGCUGCCUGAUUUUGACAUCAGCAGAUUCGUGCUUUCGAUUAGCAACUCGGUGAGCCACUGCGUAGUGCUCGAGUAUCGAGCAAACACGAGCAACCCAGCAUCAUCGCGUUUGCAAUUUAACAGUUAAUGCACCUAAAGUAACAAAUCGAAAUACAAAGAAAGUGACAAACCUAAAAACUCGCCUCUGUGGAAGAAAAUAACUAACUGUGACAACCAGUCUCGGGAGUCCCAGCAUCAGCAACAUUAUCAUCAUACAUAUUGGUGGCAACUCAAGUGGCAAGCAAAGGGAAGACGAAGUAAAUAAGCGAAAGAAAAGUGACUUUAAACAACCCCCUCUGCUGCUUACUCCGCAGUCGACACCAUAACUUAAUUUACCCAGCUGAGCGGCUAAACACGAGGCCAACGCAGAUUCUGACUGCUUCAAGAUGGCUUGUUUGAACACAUUGAAGUUGGAAAUAAAAACGCUGGAAAAGAUAUUUAACAAGAACCACGAGCGCUUUCAAAUACUGAAUUCCAGUGUUGACGAGCUGACAUGCCGAUUUAUUGGCAAAAAUGGCAAGCGUUAUGAUAUCCACGCCAACAUUACGGAAACGUAUCCAUCCUCGCCACCCGUUUGGUUUGCAGAGAGUGAAGAGACAAGCGUAACAAAUGCCGUACAAAUACUCAGCAAUACGAAUGGACGUGAUAAUCAUGUUAUAAAUCAGGUUGGCAUAUUGUUACGUGAACUGUGCCGCCUGCACAAUGUCCCACUGCCACCCGAUAUCGAUAACCUCACCAUACCGUUUCAAUUGCCACCUCCAAGUGCGUCACCAUUGCAUCAACAGCCCGCAGCGCAGCACCAGAUCGAGGACAUCGAUUCUGACCAAGAUGAGGUGGAGGAUCUGAUUUGCGAGAGCGAGCAAGAGAGUGAGGGUGACGAAGAUCUGCCAUUGGAAAUGGAUGACGGACGCAGCGCGAAUAAAGUUGAGAAGGAUGAAAUGGAAGUUGAACACCUGGCCACAUUAGAAAGACUGCGACAAAGUCAAAGACAAGACUAUUUAAAGGGUUCAGUUUCCGGUUCCGUACAAGCGACCGACCGUCUCAUGAAGGAGCUGCGUGACAUUUACCGCUCCGAUUCUUUUAAGAGUAAUAUGUACUCUAUAGAGUUGGUAAACGAUUCGAUAUACGAAUGGAAUAUACGCCUGAAAUCAGUCGAUCCCGAUAGUCCGCUACACAACGACUUGGUCAUGCUCAAGGAGAAGGAGGGCAAAGAUAGCAUAUUGCUGAAUAUUAUUUUCAAAGAAACCUAUCCAUUUGAACCGCCAUUCGUGCGAGUUGUGCAUCCGAUAAUAUCAGGCGGAUAUGUACUUGUGGGCGGUGCCAUUUGUAUGGAAUUGUUAACAAAACAGGGCUGGAGUUCCGCUUACACAGUAGAAGCUGUAAUUAUGCAAAUAGCUGCAACAUUGGUAAAAGGCAAAGCCAGAAUACAAUUUGGCGCUACAAAGGCCUUAUCACAGGGUCAGUACAGCUUGGCACGCGCACAGCAGAGCUUCAAGUCCCUGGUGCAAAUACACGAGAAGAAUGGCUGGUUCACCCCGCCAAAGGAAGAUGGCUAAGAAACGCAGUAUGCCAUUCGAAGAUUUUUUCUCUACCCUUACAUAUAGCGAGUAGUUUGUCAUACAUAAUAUAUAAUACACGUUUUUAUCACAUCCUUGGUUUAACACAACUAAAUAUAAACAUUAAAUAUACUUAAAUUAUAGUUGAUAUAAAACGCAAACAAAUCUAUCCAUGUAUACAUAAAAAAGGCACUAUGCAUAUAAGAAAACUAGAAAAAAUGUAGGUGAACACAUUAAGGUGUAAGCAAAUAAUCAUAAAAAUGUGUGAACACUUGGCAGGAAAGCGCAAAUAUAACAUAUAUACAUACUUUUAAACAUAAUUUUUAAAACUACUUUAUAAAAUAUUAAAUACGUUUAGAUAUGGUUUAUAGGAUAUAGGGAGCAAUACCACACACGUGAGGGGGAAUAUAACCAACAGCCACAAUAUUUGUAAAUGAACUGAAUAUUUUUUACACCUAUUAAAAUUUUUCGUUUGUCAUUUUGUGAAAAGACCAAGAGUAUGCGCUUAAGAUUUCAAAAACAAAAACCUUCUGUAUAUGCAUGUUGUUUAACUAAGCUGUCAUUAGUGUACUUUUGGUGUUACAAUCACUGUUUGGUGAAGAAAAAAAUAUUUUGUUAGGCACUGAAAAACAAAGAAAAUAAAUACAUUUUGUAUAAUUGUUGCAUUGAUGGUAAAAUGAAGAAUUCAUCAAGAAUAUGUGUAAAUAAAUACAUAUAUGUAUAAUAUAUUUCAAUUUAUUUGUUUGCAUGUAGGUACAGUCGUCUGUCUAUAUAUGCAUAUGUAUGUACACAUUUUUAGUUGCAAUUUCCCUCACCUGGAAUCGAAAUCUGUGUUUUGUACUACCUUAAAACAGUUAAAUCAUGUGUGUAUUGUUAUAAAGAACGAACGUAGAAUGUGAAAUGUAGUUAGUUUUUAAACGACAAAUGGAAUAAGCAAGCAGAUACAAAGUACUUUUAGGUCGACUUUAUUUUAACAAUGAAUACGCCCCAAAGCUUAAAUAAAUGCAAAGCUUCAACUAAUUUUGCUUAAAGCUAAUGGCUGUAAAAUCACAUUAUAUUAAUUUUUAACUCAAAUAUUAAGACAUAAUAAUUUAGAAACGGCGAAGUGUAUUGGAUCGAUAAGUGUGUAUGUAAAUGAGGAAAAUUUUGUAAAUUUUGAAAAAUUAAUUUGCGCUUGACCGUAUUUUUUAUAAAUGAUGGAGAGAGAGCCAUUAUUCAUGCUUGAAAAAAAAAAGAAAAUAAAGGGCAAACUCAACAAAAUCGUAUACAAAUCUACUAAAA